UCCCGGUCGCCUUGGUCGCGUCCACGCCGCCGCCGGCCCUGCCGGACUGCACCACGCGGGGCAUGAGAUAGGGGCGCACGGGCGCGACCAUCCGCGCUGCGGCGGCCGCGACUCAGCGCUGCCUCAGUCUGCAGCGGGCAGCGAAAGAGUCGCGUCGUGCCUGAGAGCGCAGCUGUGCUCCUGGGCCCGGUGCGGUCCGCCCCCGCGGCUCCUGACCAGACUGCUCCUAGGACCCCCUGCCCCGCGCCGCAGCCAUGAACUACCUGCGGCGCCGCCUGUCGGACAGCAACUUCAUGGCCAAUCUGCCAAAUGGGUACAUGACAGACCUGCAACGCCCGCAGCCGACCCCGCCACCACCUGCUGCCCCCAGCCCCGGAGCCACGCCCGGUCCCGUGACCGCCACUGCCGAAAGGGCCUCUGCGGCCGCCCCUGUGGCCUCUCCGGCCGCCCCUAGCCCAGGGUCCUCGGGGGGCGGUGGCUUCUUCUCGUCGCUGUCCAACGCUGUCAAGCAGACCACUGCGGCCGCGGCCGCUACCUUUAGCGAGCAGGUGGGCGGCGGCUCUGGGGGCGCGGGCCGUGGGGGCGCCGCCGCUAGGGUGCUGCUGGUCAUCGACGAGCCCCACACCGACUGGGCGAAAUACUUCAAAGGGAAAAAGAUCCAUGGAGAAAUUGACAUUAAAGUAGAACAGGCUGAAUUCUCUGAUCUCAACCUCGUGGCUCAUGCCAAUGGUGGAUUCUCUGUGGACAUGGAAGUUCUUCGGAAUGGAGUGAAGGUUGUGCGGUCUCUGAAGCCAGACUUUGUGCUGAUUCGUCAGCAUGCCUUCAGCAUGGCACGGAAUGGAGACUACCGCAGUUUGGUCAUUGGGCUGCAGUAUGCCGGAAUCCCCAGCGUUAACUCUUUGCAUUCUGUCUACAACUUCUGUGACAAGCCCUGGGUGUUUGCCCAGAUGGUUCGGCUGCACAAGAAACUGGGGACAGAGGAAUUCCCUCUAAUCGAUCAGACCUUCUAUCCCAAUCACAAAGAGAUGCUCAGCAGCACCACGUACCCCGUGGUUGUGAAGAUGGGACACGCACACUCUGGGAUGGGCAAGGUCAAGGUGGACAACCAGCAUGAUUUCCAGGAUAUUGCAAGUGUCGUGGCACUGACCAAGACGUAUGCCACUGCCGAGCCCUUCAUUGAUGCCAAAUACGAUGUGCGCGUCCAGAAGAUUGGGCAGAACUACAAGGCCUAUAUGAGGACAUCAGUGUCAGGAAACUGGAAGACCAACACCGGUUCUGCGAUGCUUGAACAGAUUGCCAUGUCUGACAGGUACAAGCUGUGGGUGGAUACGUGCUCAGAGAUUUUUGGGGGACUGGACAUCUGUGCAGUGGAAGCGCUGCACGGCAAGGACGGAAGAGAUCACAUCAUUGAGGUGGUGGGCUCCUCCAUGCCACUCAUCGGUGACCACCAGGAUGAAGACAAGCAGCUCAUCGUGGAGCUCGUGGUCAACAAGAUGGCUCAGGCCCUGCCCCGGCAGCGGGACGCCUCCCCCGGAAGAGGCUCCCACAGCCAGACUUUGUCCCCAGGGGCCCUGCCCUUGGGCCGCCAGACCUCCCAGCAGCCUGUGGGGCCCCCUGCUCAGCAACGACCCCCACCACAGGGUGGCCCUCCACAGCCGGGCCCAGGCCCCCAACGCCAGGGACCCCCAUUGCAGCAGCGCCCACCCCCACAGGGCCAGCAGCACCUUUCCGGUCUUGGACCCCCAGCUGGCAGCCCCCUGCCCCAGCGCCUACCAAGUCCCACAUCAGCGGCCCAGCAGCCUGUGUCCCAGGCCCCACCGCUGACCCAGGGUCAAGGCCGCCAAUCCCGACCCGUAGCAGGAGGACCUGGGGCACCUCCAGCAGCCCGCCCACCUGCCUCCCCAUCUCCCCAGCGACAGGCGGGCCCCCCACAGGCUACCCGGCAGACAUCCGUCUCUGGUCAGGCUCCACCCAAGGCCACAGGGGCCCCACCGGGUGGUCAGCAGCGCCAGGGCCCACCCCAGAAACCACCAGGCCCUGCUGGCCCUACCCGCCAAGCCAGCCAGGCGGGUCCCAUGCCCCGCACUGGGCCACCCACCACACAGCAGCCGCGGCCCAGUGGCCCAGGUCCCGCUGGACGCCCCACCAAGCCACAGCUGGCCCAGAAACCUAGCCAGGACGUGCCGCAACCUGCCACCGCUGCUGCCGGGGGACCCCCGCACCCCCAGCUCAACAAAUCCCAGUCUCUGACCAAUGCCUUCAACCUUCCAGAGCCAGCCCCGCCCAGGCCCAGCCUUAGCCAGGACGAGGUGAAAGCUGAGACCAUCCGCAGCCUGAGGAAGUCUUUCGCCAGCCUCUUCUCCGACUGACACCCCACCCUGAGAACCCCCAAAUCCCUGGGCAACCCCUCUCUGGGCCCAGAAUCCAUUUCUCACUUUUGGAAUCUCCAACUCUCUCAAGAAGCCCUCUCCUGGUUCACCAAGAUCCCUCUUCUCACUCCUCAGAAUGCCCAAGUCCCUCAAGAAACCUCACUCCUGGUCCUAAACCCAGUCAGUUCUCACGUUUGGAAUUCCCAAGACCUCUGGAAGCCCACUCCCGGUCACCUCAAUACCUACUUCUCAGUUUCAGAACCUCCAGAUUCCUAAAGACCUCCACUCCUGGUCCCCCAGAGUGCAUUUUCCUUCCCAGAAGCUCCCAAACACCAGGCAACCCAUUCUGGCACUACCACCACUGUGUCCCUUCCUGGAACCCUGAAAUUCCCGGAAAACCCUACUCCUGGUCCCAGAUCUCUCAAGCACACUUUGUUCCCCAUCAGAAUUUCCCAAUUCCUUAAGGAAACCCUACCUUUGAGCCCCUUCCAUGGAUCUCCUAUUUCUGGAGAACCACCUCUUCAAAUACCACCACCCAGCCCCACAAGGAUUUCCCUUCACCUGCCCCCAGCCCCAUUCAACACAUUGAGAGCUCCUCCCACUGCUAGGAUCCCUCAGUUCCCCCAGGGACCCCUGCCCCACUUUCCUGCCUCUGACAGCUGUCUUUAAAUAUGCAAACUCUACCCAUCUUCCCAGAAUCCUUUGCACACAGAAGGCCAGUGGUCCCCCACUUCCCACCUUUGCUGUGAUGUCUGUGUCUGUGACUGGCGUGGCCUCCUCUUGUGCCGUGCUUGGCAUAUGUGGUCCUCGUUCAUCGUGCCGCCUGUGGUGAUGCGUGCAGUGGCGCUGUUUGUGUGGUGCGCACCUCCCCCUAACCUCCACUCCUUGCCUGGACUCAUCCCCACCCCUCAGCGGCUCUGAACCCCACGAGAAGAGUCGGGAAGCAAAAUAAACAAGCAAAGGCCCAGCA